UAAACACACACACACACACACACACACACACACACACACACACACACACACACACAGAGGGUAUCUGCUGUUCACCUUGGCGGAUGAAAGCAGCAGCGAUGGCGGCCCUGCUCAAGACGAGGAAGACGGCUCUCUGUUUGUGCCUGGUCGGGCUGAGUACGUUGAUUCUAGCGACGACGUCGGUGACAGCGCAGGAGGAGCCGAUUGCGGUCGCGACGGCGAGCGCCAGCGCUCCCGCCGCCGGCGCCUCCGACGAGUUCGUCGCCGCUGUUGUGAGUAAUCCCGAUCUCUCGCUGCUGACGAAAUCGUUACAAGACACUGGUUUGGACGGGCCCCUGUCGGAACUGGUCGCGAGCGGGGUCACGGUGUUCGCACCCACCAACGCCUCGUUUCUCUCCCUGGGUUCGAGGCUUCUGGAGUGCCUGACCACGGAACCCGGCCGGUCGGAGAUCCUCAGGCCUAUCUUGCUCCACCACGUGUUGAUGGGAAAGUUCACCGCCGAGAGCUUGACGACUAUGGGCACCGCGUUCUUAGACUCGUUGUACGGGUCCCGACUGUUGAUCUUGCAGGCGGUGGCCGAUGGGACGGUGAGAGUGGAUAACGCGAACGUCAUCGCUGCGGAUGCCAUCAGCAGUACCACGUCGGUAGCGCACGUGAUCGACGCCGUGCUCGUCCCAGCGGAGGUCAUUCCGGAUAUCAGGCGGAUAUGCCUGGUCUAAGGCGGAGGCGACGGCGGAGGCGUCGGCGGAGGCGUGGGCAGAGGAGGCGGAAAGCUCGUCUGGUGGGAAGCGGACAAUGUCGAGGCAGCAGGAGAAUAUAUACUCAGCUGUCGUUACGGUAAUGAAUUUACUAAACGGGAAUAUUUGGAAGACAAAGGGAGGAGGAGGAGGAGGAGGGGGAGGAGGAGGAGGAGGAGGAGGAGAGGCAUAAGGACCUACCUACCUUGUGCUCUGCUAGGCUCUCCGCUCGUCAGCUUGUCCUGCCCCGAUAUGCUCUCCUCUAGACUUCGUGAGACUUCUGCUCUGCUCUUACCUAUCACCCUAUCUCUUCUGCUGUGGAUUUGGAAGGAGAAGGAGAAGGGGCUGUGCUGUGUUGUCAUCUGUGAAUCGAUCUGCUCUCUGCUGUGGACUUGGUGGUUUCUCUGCUCUGCUCCUAUCUUACCUAUCUGCUCGACUCCGGAUGAUGGUCGCUGGACUAACAGCUCAAGCCUCAAAGAACUGCGGAGCUGUGCUUGACGUGUUUGGUGGCAGUGAAGAUUCCACUCUGCGCACAUUUCACCUCUGCUCCGCUGUGGACUUGGCUUCGCUCGGCUCUACUCUGCUCUGCUUCCACGUGCUCUGCUCGGCUUCGAUCUUCGCCGCUCUGGAUGCUAAGAGCCGUUGAGUGCUCGAGCUGCAGCUCGAAAAAGGAACAGUUUUACUGCUGAUUGGCGCCCGAUGUCAUUAGACAAACUAGUAUAUAGAUUUUGGGCUGCGAGUGGAGGAUUGAUUGGCUAUUGGCUGUGCUGGAAGGAGGUUAUUCUUGCAAAUUGCCAUGCCAUCCUGGACGCUGUUGCGGUGUCACAGUGGCCAUCGUUACCUCAGGAAUCCGGUUGUAUUGAUCACGGUAGCCGUUGGGUGAUGACGGGACUGCAGCUCCACUCCUGGUACUAGACUAUGACGGAACUCCUAUGUAGAGUAUUUGCGGUCGCUUAUCGAUGGUACAUCGACAGCACGAGCUGUCAAUGUACUUGGGACGUGUACAAAUGUUCUUCUCUCGCAGUCAGUUCGAUCAUCUAUCGUCGACGAAAGCAACUUUUUUGCCGUGACUGAAUCCUUCUCCCAAGUUCUUUCAGUUCUGAAGUCGGUGUGAGCUUACGUACCGUGUCAGCCUGUGUGUGUUUGUCAUUGUAUUAUCUGCCAAUCGCUCGUGGAGAGUGGACUUGUAGAUGAUGCACGAUUUCCUGUGCAUUCUGAAGCUAGUAUCUUUCCUGUGGAAAUUCAGUUUUUCUGAUCAUGGAUAUUUCAAUGUGUUAAGAAAUGGAGGACAACUUCGGAUGAAGUACGACUCUUUGGCCCAG